CCACACCCCGCAUCCAUCGCCGGAGUCCACCUCCCUCUCUUCUCUCCUCUUGUCUCCUCCCUUACCACGUCCCACGCGCUCCCCCUUGCCCCGCCCCUCCUGUCGCCGCCGCCGCCGCCGCCGCAGCAGCCUUAGGAGCCACCAAAGGUUGCCCCCGUCUCCGAGCGUGCCGCCGGCACGUCGCCCACGGCCAUGGUGAUCUCGGCCGAGUCUCCCCCGCCGCCUCCCCCGGAUCCUGUCGCCGAUGCCGCGGCGGUGGAGGCUGCGGCGGCCACGUCGAACGCUCGCCAGGCCGCAUUCUCCUCGUUCCCGUCGCUCAAGACGUGGGGGAGCCACUGCGUCCUGCGCUGCGCCCACGUGAACCGUUCUGGCGACGCCAUCGCCACAGCCAGACGCUCCCCGGAGAAGGUCGACGAGGUCAGGGACAAGCUCCUGCGCCAACUCAACGAGGUGGCAGCAGGGCGCGACGCCGCCGACGCGGACCAUGCGGUGGCCCCCGAGCCUGCCGCCUUGCCACCGUGGAAGCUGCGUACUCGGCGCCGCCACCCACCAGUGGCGCCUUCCCCGAGCGCGUCGCCGCCGCCCGAGCGGAGGUCGUCUAGGGCCCGCGCGGAGGCUCUCGACCGGCCGCGGUUCUCCGUGACGCUCACCAGCGAGGAGAUCGAGGAGGACGUCUACGCCGUCACCGGCGCGCGCCCGCGCCGCCGCCCGCGGCGGCGGCCCCGGCCCGUGCAGAAGCAGGUCGAUAUGCUAUUACCCGGCGCGUGGCUGUCGGCGAUCACCGCCGAGUCUUACCGAGUGCCGGACGACCGGCGAGCCUGAGCCGCCGGUCCAACAAGCACCGUCGAGCCGUCAACAGGGAAGCAGGAAACCGCAAGGCAAAUUCACCAAUCACAAUCUGGUGCUGUUAAUUCUUUAACUCGUUUCUUCUCCCUUCUGCGGGUGAUAAUAUCAUGAGCUACUAUUUAAUUAUUAAUUGAUCAAAUAGAAUGCUAGUAGUAGUACUUAGUAGCAAGUGUCUAGUAGUAGUAAGUUCUUGCUGGCAGCAAAUGGACGUAAAGGAUAGUUUGGCGCGUGCUAGCACUGUCCUUGAUGGUACCUUUGUUAUUAACAUCUGGACAUCUGGAUUCCAACGUUAAUCCUACCGUCCUCCUCCCAAUAUAAUUCCCAUUUUUUGUUACUUCUCCAUGAAUUGUACUGUAGCUUACUCAAACUUGGAUAAACUAGUGAUCGAUAGAGAAAAGUUAUGAUCUUGACAUAAAGCAACGGACGAUCACAGUACAAAUAUUCCAUACUCCAUAGUAACACAUUUUU